AUGGACAUCACCCGCGUCUGUCCCAGCUGCCUCCGCCAAGCGAUGGCGCGCACGACCACCGCGCCCCGUCUUACCGUCGCAAGCCGCCGCCGACUCGUGCCCGUGCCUCCUCUACGCCGCACCGCCCUAUAUCGAUCCCAAAACGGGUCAAUUGAUGGCGGUCGAAGGGGAUACACCACCGCGUCUUCCGCUUCUCCGCCCCCGCCGGAGAACGUGGCCGUUAUCGGGGGCGGCAUCACGGGCCUAACGACGGCGUACUAUCUCGCCAAAUUCCUGCCCGCAACGUCGAAGAUUACUCUGUACGAGGCCCGCGAUAGAGUUGGUGGGUGGAUACAUACGGUAAAGAAGGAGGCGCCGGACGGACAGCCCGUGUAUUUUGAGAAUGGGCCAAGGAUACUUCGUGGUCUGGCCGGGUCGGGGUUCCGCGCUGACGACUACGUCUUUUACGAUAUGCUCGCCGACCUCAACCUCCCCCUCAAAAUCUCCCCGCCACGCAACAAACUCCUCUGCUACAACGACGAACUCGUCCGCCUACCCCCCAACAUCCUCAACCCCUUCACGGCGCUCAAAACCUCGUGGCAACUCCUCCGCGGAACCCACGUAGUCAGCGGCAUGACAUCGGCAGCCCUGGCGUACCGCCGCGCGAACAUGCGCAACUUGCCACACGAGGCCGUGGAGCAGGACGUUUCUAUCGGCGACUGGCUGCGCAUGACGUUUGGCGAUGCGCCGGCGCCGCGGAACGUGUUGUCGGCUAUGAUGCAUGGGAUAUACGGGGGCAACUUGGAUAAGUUGAGUUUUCCGAGCGUUAUGCCUGCGUUUUGGUAUAAUUUCCACUUGGAGAAGGGCGUGGAUGAGGUGCUUAUCCCGCGCGGGGAUUAUGAGCUUUUGAAGGAGCUGGAUCCGAGGAAGAGGGGGAUUGAGGAGGAGGUGAGGGCUUGGUCGAAGGCGGAGGUGAUUUCGUUUCCUGACGGGAUGGGAUCGCUCGCUUCCGCCAUUCGAGAUGAAUUGGAAAAGAAGGCCAACGUAGUCUUGAAGCCUUCCACCCCUGUCUCCAAACUCCGCUACAUCUCGGACCAGAACAAAGUCGAGCUCUCCACAACAUCAGAGCCACCCUCCCUCCACGACAAAGUCAUCUCCACAACCCCCAGCGGACUCCUCGCCCCCACCCUCCCCUCCCCAAUCCCCCUCAACACCCGCGCCGUCACUAUGCGCACCGUCUCCUUCUUCUUCCCACAACCCAACCUCACGACAAACCUCACGGGCUUCGGCUACCUCGUGCCCCUCACGAGCCCCAAUCCCGAGCAGAUCCUCGGCAUGUUCUUCGACUCGGACACCUACGGCCUGCACGACGAUGAGAAGCGCGGUACCAAAGUCACCGUCCUCAUGGGCGGGCACUUCUGGUCCGAGCUGUCCGCGCAGGAUAUGCCCGGUGAGGAGGAAUGCGUUCGGCGCGCGAGGCAGGUCCUUGCUCGACACGUCGGUAUUACGCAGGAGCCCGAGAUGACGCAUCUUGGUCUCGCUAGCGGGUGCAUACCGCAGCACGUCGUCUCGCACCGCGCCAUCAUGACGGCCGCCGACGAGGCUCUGCGGAGCCAGUUUAAGGGCAAGUUGGCCGUCGCGGGGGGGUCUUAUACUGCUGUUGGAGUCAUGCCCGCCAUGAGGGCUGGGUACGAUGUUGCGUGUGAGGUGGCUGGCGUUGGUGAGAGGGGGGAGACCGUUGGGGACACGGGGCUGGCGCAGUUUAGGGGGAGGCAGGGCGCGGAUGUCAUUGCUGUGCCCAGGGAAGAGUUGAAUGCUUUGGGGAAGCAGUUGAGGGGGUCGAGUGCUGUGGGUAGAUGGUUCUCGGGGAGGUAG